AUGGCCGAAAUCCAGAACGAACUCUUCGAUGAGGAAUCAAGCCAAUGCGAGGAACAGGCGCCUGGCCGCGAGUUCCCCAAGGUCAAGGUCGUGGCUGUGGUGGCUGCCAUGCUCAUGCUGGCAGCGGUCGGCCUCAGCACCAUGAACACAAGCACGGCUUCUGAUCAGGUCGUGGCCAAGCACGGCGGGUUCAUCAACCUGGAUCUCCAAUCCGACUUCCAAGCCGCGCAGGAGAAGAUGAAGCGCGCCGACCAAAGCAAGUUGACGAACCAACAGAAGUUGGAUGCCUACGCUUACUUCAAGCAGGCGGUGGAGGGAGACAUCUACGUAAGAAAGCCAGGGAUGUUUGACACGAAGGAGAAAAUGAAGUGGGAGGCGUGGAACAAGGUCAAGGGCAUGGCCACGGAUGCGGCAAAGAAGAAAUACAUCGAUCUCGCCAAACGCCUGAGUUGA